GUUCAUUGUUAUAUAUUUUAUUCGAAGUGCGUAAUUGUGAUAUUUUGAUAGUGGAUGUCCAAGAUGGCAGACGGUCAUGGAGCCUUGAAGCGGAAACCAGGUUUCGCUACCCUGUCCAUACACUCUGGCCUGAACCCAGACCAAUGGAAUGGAGCGAUAGUGCCACCCAUCGUGCUGACUGCCAUGUACAAACAACCAUCUAACGGAAAUUUAGGCUACACGUAUUCUCGUACAGCGAACCCAAUGAGAGACACAUUGGAAACAUGUCUCGCGGCGCUAGAGGGCGGUAAACACGCAUUCACAUUCGCAUCAGGACACGGUGUGAUAAUGAGUGUUCUCGCCCUACUUGGCAAGGGAGAUCAUAUAGUUUCCAUGGACAAUGUUUACGGUGGCACUGGUCAGGUUAUGAGGGAAAAUCUACCGAAAUUGGGAAUCGACCUGACAUUCACAGAUGUCAGAAACGUGAGGAAUUUAGAAAAUGCCAUUCAAGACAAUACCAAGAUAGUCUGGUUGGAAACACCAACCAACCCAAAUUGCAGAGUGAUAGACAUUGCAGCUACUGUUCAGAUUGUGAAGAAGCGUAAUGAAAAUAUUAUUGUAGUAGUUGAUAAUACAUUCCUAACUUGUUACCUACAAAGACCAUUGGACUUCGGUGCUGAUAUAGUAGUAUAUUCCUUGACAAAAUACGUGAAUGGACAUUCUGAUGUUGUGAUGGGAGCUGCUGUAGUUAACAAACAAGAGAUUGCUGACAAUCUGAGAUAUAUUCAAGAAUCGCAUGGAAGUGUUCCAUCUCCGUUUGACUGUUACUUAGUCAAUAGAAGUCUGAAGACUCUUUCACUUCGAAUGGAGCGCCAUAAAGCAACGGCUUUGGUGAUUGCUGAAUGGCUGGAGAAGCAUCCGAAUAUCAUUGAAGUUAAUCAUCCAGGACUAAAGUCACACAAAGGACACGAGAUCUUCAAAAAACAGACGUCUGGACACUCAGGCAUCUUCAGUUUCAAACACUCAGGUGGACUGCAAGAAUCUAGGAAACUCCUGACUUGCUUUAAAGUGUUCCUUGUGGCUGAAAGCUUAGGAGGGUACGAAAGUUUGGUAGAAAUACCAGCGGUGAUGACACAUAAAACGGUUCCUCAACUACAGAAGACAAAACUUGGCAUCACGGACUCUAUGAUCAGAAUUUCCAUUGGAUUAGAAGACGCAGAGGAUCUCAUCGCAGAUUUGGAAAAUGCAUUCAAAAAGACGUUUACUUAACUUUAGUCCUAAAGUUUACAAAUCAGUAUUAAAGUACCUACGUAAAUAUUAAUAAAAGCAAGAA